AUGCCUCUAAUACUAAUUACCUGUUUACCUAUUUAUCUAAUGCUCACUAUUACUGCAUCGGCUGCUCUAUGGGACAACGCUGAGCUGCUGGAGGACCUGCUUAAUGGCGACCAGCUGGCCCACCUGGACUGCCGGGAUGCGUGGGGCAGGACUCCCCUCCACGCCGCAGCCACAACGGAAAACUCUCGCUGCCUUAGGAUUCUUCUGCAGGCGGGGGCGGACGUGAACCUCGCCUCCGGGCCCCGCGCUGAGGGAAGGACGUGCCUACACCUCGCCUCGGAGCACGGAGCCGUUGAGAACAUCCGUCUCCUGCUGGACCACGGUGCUGACUUACUCGCCAAGGACGCCAAUGGAAUGACAGCACUGGACUUGGCGGAGCACGGCGACCACGAGCAGUGCAUGACGGUGCUAAAGGGAGCGGCAGGUACGUACCGAGGCCAGACUUCAGGUUCCUGCUUCGUGAGUACAAUAGUUCCCCUUUAAAUGUCACGUUUUCUUUAUUGCGUUUUCCGCUGUGAAUGAAAGGUGGCUGGGAUGCGCCGUGGAAUUGUAUUGAGUCUUGGCGGUGGGAAUUAAGAGUAUAUGGGUUUAGUUAGUGUAGUGAAUGGUGUUUUCUUGUUGGGUUUAUAAUAAGCUGGUUUUCUUGUUUGUUUUGGGAAGUGUACAUGAAUUUUGAGUGAUGUAUUAUAGCUGAUACAUAAAAACAAAGAAAAUUGGAAAGAUUGUACUGAAGGGUGUUAAUCUUUUCUAUUUAAGGGCAGCAACAUUACAAAAAAUAAAUAAAUAAAAAAAGAGCCCACUGAGGUGCCGGUCCGUAAACAAAAUCUGAUACAUAAUAACAUAGAAAAUUUGAAAGACUGCACUGAAGGGUGUUAUUUUUUUUUUUUGUAAGAGCAGCAACA